CGAACACGGUGCAAGUCCGGAAGCGCUAUCCUUCGCCGACGCUCUCCACAACAUCAAGCACCAGCUCGACGAGUGGCGAGGGUAAGAAGGGUGCACUGGGACUCGGUAUGAGCAGCCUGUCGAUUGGAAGUGCCAGCAGUGGGAACAGUGGGGCACCCAAGUUUGGUGCCGCAUCGCCACAGGCCGUCAAGAAGCUGCUUUCGUUGUCGGAACAAACGAAAACACGUCCCCAUCAACCGCGUCAUCCGACGGUAGGUGCAGGCGGAUCGGUAUUACCGGGACCACUGAGCAGUUUGCAUCAUCACCAUCAUCACCAUCACCAUCAUGGUCCGCAUGGACCGUUGGGGGCACAUCACAGCACACUGUCGUCGCACUUCCAUCAUGCGCACCCCCCGACAGCGGCAGCAUUUCUACAUCAUGGAACCGGGCUGACCAUCAGUCCAUCGCAAUCUCCGGCCCACUGCUGUGCUGGACCGACUGGUGGCGUUAGCGGGACCACACCAUCAGUCGCAGGCGUUAUGGGACCGCCCCAGUAUCCACCACAGAGUCACGCCGGUAACAACACAGCAUAUGCUGCCGGAACUGCAGGAAGCGGUGUAUCCAAUGCACCAGCUGGCGGCGGCGGAGCAGGAGGAGGAGGAGGUGGUGGUGGUGGUCUCCAUUUGUCCGGGAUGUUGCCGAAUCCACCGAAUUACAGCACUACCAUGUCGAUGUACCCGAACGGCGGCCGGCCCAUUAUGGGUAGCCGGAUACUGGAGAGUUCCGUCGAUGCACCUAGUCAAAUACCGCCACCGAUGGAACUGCCACCCGAGAGCACCUCCUUCCGGAGUCCGCCGAAUUAUGCUCAAACCGCACACCGGCGCAUCGCCAGCAAUAGUACAACCAUACCGCCACCCUACCCGCAGCCACAUCAGAACUUUGGCUCCUCGUCACGCAUCAUAGCAGCCGUUGGCAUCUCACCGAUUGCACCGAACUAUGUGGCCCCUGCCGUGAAUGCAAUGUCUCCGAUGUACAAUCCGACGGCAUCGGCUACUGGCGGUACUAAUAAUGGUCCGAAUAUUGUUGGGAACAGUAUGCUGCCACCGGCCAUACCCGCAAGAAUACACGAGGUUCCGGUUGAUGCACCACCGUUGCCACCGCCGAGCAUAGAUCUGUCGGCUGAAAGCAGCUCCGUCACCGUACUCAGUGGCGCCGCCUCCGAACUGGACGAUGAGCUGAACGAAUCCGUUGAAACGGACUGCUUGGAAACCAUUUCUACAGAAGUGUAAGCUGCGCGGUUAGUGGCCUGGUAAGAAGGUGCACGGAUGAACGUUGCAAAGGUGUAAACAGCGAAUUUAACAGUGAAUUAUACAACUUGGUGGUAUUUCAAUAGAAUAGAGAUUGUUAGAGAACUUGAUCUUGGAAACAUAAAUGCGAGCUACUUGGAUAAGUAAAAUCGUUAACUAAUAUUUGAUGGUAUAUAUUGUUGUUGAACUGACCUGACCAUUGCUAUCGGAAUUGAUAUAACGACCAGGUUUAGGAUCGUGAGAGGAAAGUGAUUGUGAAUACUGGAAAAUUAUUACAGUAUAACCAUUCUAUUCAUUUCAAGACAGUUGAAGAUAGAUUUUGAGUUUCGCGCGUUUGCGUUUUAGAGUCCCUGACAUUCAACUAGUGAGAUUGACCAAAAAUUGCCCGCUAAGUAAGUUUUACUCGUUUAACAUAUCGCUGCAAAUGAGUUCCUUUUGCAUAAAUUACUUUAAAAUUUAGCCAAUUUGAAUGACAAUUUUCUUUAGCUUUGUUCAGUCAACCCAUUUCUCUCCAUCCAAUAAUCGAAUGACCUUUGUGCCCAAAUAAUGAAAAUGCAUUCCCAUCCCAAGACUGAUAAUAGCAAAAGCGAAGACGAUAGCAAAGCAAGUAAGAAACGUAUUUUGAUAUGAUCUAGUAAAAGUAGCCAUACCAUUAUCAACCACUAUCCCUCUGAAUCUGUCCAACGCUGCCCAGGUCAAGUUUAUUCUGUCCGGCCUCUGGCCUGUUCGCCUCACAGCAUAUAAUUGUCAGACCUCAUUAGAAUGGGAGUAAUUUACACUAUCAAAGAUAGGAAACCAACAGCCGAAUGGGGAGGGGUGCUUUUUGGGGGGGACAGAAACUAUAGAGAAAUGGUCUACAACAGAUGAUAACUACUCUAGCUUUCCUACUUGCAUUUACAACAGCUAUACAUAAAGUUAUAUACACAUUAUAUAUAUACAUGUAUAUGCAUACAGUACAUAGUAUGUGCGUGAUUAUAUGUGUAUUAAUCCAGAGGAUAGCAAGGGAGUAGUAUGUUGUAAAACACAUUCACAAUCAAUCAAAUCAAAUCUACCACUGACCAAGACACAACUCGUUAUGAUAAAACAGAGGAGGGUUUCAUGAUUUAUAAGCAAGUAAUCUAAUGUCGAGAGUUGGAAGGAACUAUACAAAAGAGUGUAUCAAAGAGGAUUCUUCGGUUCGAUAUCCCAAGAGAGUAUCGGAACGGAUCCAUAUCGUGAUUUAGGGGUCAGGGGCAGCUUUACGUGUAUCCAUGAUUGUUCUGGUAGAGUAGUAAGUGACGAUACUCCUUUUUUUCUUUUUUCAAUUAUUUCCUUUUUCCACACAUGUGGAAUGCACAGUCUAGCACAGUCAGGCUUGAUAAAACUAGUCCUCGAUAGGCAGCUAAUAAACACUGUAUGUUAACGCUAAUGUCAUAGAGUACAUAUUUACGUGGCACAGAGAAUAUCGAAAAAUACAGGAAACGUGUACUACUAGUACGUGUGAGGUGCGUGUGGUGAUGAGAAUAGUAGAGGCAAUUGAAAAUUGUCCUCAGGAACACGAACUCAAUCCUUUGAAUAUUAUCUACACUUGUAGGACAAAAAAGUAAAUGAAAUCAAUGUAAAGUGUCCGUAAAUGUGCAUACAUCAAAAUCAAAAACAAAUACAUCGUGAAAGAGAAAUUACAUAAAGAUCAAACUUAUCGUGGAAUGAAAACAAGGCACAGGGAUUGCGUGAGGGCUGUGGCAGUAGGAUUGAUACGGGUUUACUAAUUGACGGAAUCUAAGUAUGUUGUUAUCGUUCAUCAUCAGGCAUCAAUGUGUAAUGAAUAGAAAUCCAUUCUCUACCCGAAGCUGUUCGAUGCAACGAUCUUAAAAACGGUUCUCAGUUACUCAGUGAGCAGUCAGCCGGAUCAUCUUUGGCGAAGUUGAAAGAAUAUAUGCGAUACCAUGCUAAAUGCUACCCUAGAAGAAAAGUAUGAAUUCAGAUAGACAUAGCAAGAAAUGGUUUCUCUGUUCAAAGCAAUGAAAAGCCCACUAAGACUCCGCUAUAGGAGCAGCUGAAGAAAAAAUGAUCACGAAAUGAAUGUUACGGCUAAAGUACACAGCAAUUAAUAUUGUGCACAAAACCACACAAGAAGAUGUCGUGAAAAUAAUAAUACUGCGCCAUGGAUGGUGCGCCUUUCCACAUCACCGUUACUCACCAUAAACGUUUCCAACAUUGCGUCUGCUUUAUUCGAUGUUGAAUAUCUUGUGGCUAUUGCUUUUCAAUUGAUGACAUUUUUCUAUUCAUUUUUUCGUAUUCAUAUCAGUUUCUAAGGACCGUUUGGUCCGUACCUGCAAUCAUCACCUGCAAAUAGGCAAACGGAACAAUCAUCGUCGAUAUCCAAUCGCUCUAAACUGCUAAACAUUACACGUUCUGUGUAGAUCAUGCUGCAAACUUAUGCUCGAAUCUCCCAUCUCCGUUUAACCCACUCAGCUUAAAGUGCUCUGCUGCCAACGGUAGUACUGAUGCUGUUAAUAAUUCUGCUACCAAAUUCUCGCCAAUCGUAAUGCUA